AUGACGUCCAUUGGCACCGGCUACGAUCUCUCCAACUCCGUCUUCUCCCCCGAUGGCCGCAAUUUCCAAGUCGAGUACGCAGUGAAAGCCGUGGAGAAUGGUGGGACAGCAAUCGGUAUCAGGUGUAAGGAUGGCGUGGUGUUAGGUCUAGAGAAGCUCGUAUCAAGCAAACUACUCAAAAAGGACGCCAACAAGCGAAUAUCGACAGUAGACCGGAAUAUGGGCGUGGUCUACUCCGGCCUCCAACCCGACGGCAAACACUUCGUCUCGCGCGCCCGCGACGAAGCCUCCAGCUGGCGCAGCACCUACAAAGCCCCGAUCCCCGUCUCCUCGCUCGCCAACCGCAUGGGCUCCUACGUCCAGGCCUACACCCUCUACAACUCUGUCCGCCCCUUCGGCAUCACCGCCAUAAUCGGCGGCUACGACGCCGAGACCGAGCUCUCCGUCGACGGCGCAGUAGGCAGCGGACCUAAAAGCGGCAGUGGGGGCAAGACCAAGGGCGCGAAAGAGGGAGGGCCAUAUCUGUAUAUGAUUGAACCGUCGGGUACAUACUGGGGUUACUAUGGUGCUGCGUCUGGGAAAGGCAGGCAGGCGGCGAAGUCGGAGCUGGAGAAGCUGAAGCUUGAUCCGAAGGAUGGGGAGUGCAUUAGUCUGGAGGAAGGGGUGAAGGAGGCGGCGCGGAUUAUUUACGUGGCGCAUGAGGAUAACAAGGACAAGGAUUUUGAGCUGGAAUUGACGUGGGUGAGUUCUGUGGCGGGUCCAACAAAGGGCAGGCAUGAGGAGGUGCCGAAGGCGUUGAGGGAGGAGGCGGAGAAGUUGGCGAAGAAGUCGAUGGAGGGCGAUGAGGACGAUGAGGAGGAGGAGAAGAUGGAGGAGUAG